AAAAAAAUCUGAUAGCGUAUUGAGACAACAGAAAGCGGACGAAAAGAAAGGUUUCCACUAGUUGUUAUUGAAUCUAUUGAAUCUUAGAAAGUUUGUGAUUACUCGAUGUUGCGCAGAAUUCUAUUUUAGCGUUACGGCUCCUGGUUUUUAGAUGGUGUUUCUAUUGGGAUAUUUUCUUCUUUUUUCUCUGCCUAAUGAUGCAGUCAGUCAAAACACACCCACGCAUGAAACAAUAACACUUCCAGUUACAAAUACUGAUCAGUCCAAACCAUCCAUACAAGUUAAUUCAGCAUGGGAAUUAUUCUUAUCCGGAUUCUCAUCGUCAUUUUAUGUCAUUAUAAUCUCCGAACUUGGUGACAAAACGUUUUUCAUCGCUGCUAUUAUGUCUAUGCAGCAUCCACGGGCUUUAGUCUAUUGUGGAGCGAUGUUUGCGCUCAUCACUAUGACAAUGUUGUCGGCGUUACUUGGUUACGCAACUACAAUCGUUCCACGCUUUGUGACUUUAUAUUUAUCCGGUGUGUUAUUUUUUGUAUUUGGCUUGAAGAUGCUUUAUGAAGCAUACACUAUGUCUUCCAGUGCAGCCAAAGAAGAGUUCGAUGAGGUUCAUAUGCAGCUUACACAGUCCAAAGUGGGUGAUACAGAAGCUGGCACUUCAGACACAGAUAGUCCUCGGGGGUUUUCCUCUAAAUUACUUUUGAUCAUAAAAAACAUACUGACUCCUAUCUUUGUGGAAGCUUUUGUUCUCACAUUUUUAGCAGAAUGGGGUGAUAGGUCACAAAUAACCACGAUUGUUCUUGCAGCUACGAAGAGUGCUUUAGGUGUAAUCGUAGGUGGAGUUCUGGGUCAUGCUUUAUGCACAGGUUUAGCCGUCCUUAUGGGUCGUUUUGUUGCUCAACGUAUUCCCGUUCAGUGGAUUACAUUUAUUGGAGGUGUGACGUUUAUAAUAUUUGCGUUCAGCGUAUUUUUUGGCAAUCCAGACACAAACUCUUGACUUAAAUACUGGUCGUCUUUAGCCAUUCAUUUAUUCCAUGGCAAUAUCAUAUGAAUGAGAUAAUCCCGCGACACUCGAUUGAACAAUUGGGAGCAUACUGUGUGAACGACCAGGUUUGAUUUUAACCAAUUGAAGAUUGAUUGAUAUGGGAGGUGGAAUGUUAAACUACAAGACGUAUUUCAAGGUAUCUGCAAACAUAUUUC